UUACAGCGUGGCCUUGCUGCUGAGGACCAAUAGAGUGAGGACUUUCUGAGGGCGCACUCCCGGUAACGAACAUGGCGCCACCCGCUCGGUACUGCGUCCCCGGCGAGCGGCUGUGCAGCGCGGAGGAGGCCACGGCUGGCAGCGGGACCUACACCCGGCACGGCUUCAUCUUCUCCUCACUGGCUGGUUGCCUGGAGAAGAGGAGCGAGGACAGCGGGCUGCCUGUUGUGUCGGUGGUGAGAGACGCUGAGUCCCAGCUCCUGCCCGAUGUGGGGGCCGUGGUGACGUGCAAGGUUUGCAGCAUCAACUCCCGCUUUGCCAAGGUGCACAUCCUGUAUGUCGGCUCCACGCCACUGAAGUCCACCUUCCGCGGCACCAUAAGGAGAGAAGAUAUUCGAGCCACGGAGAAAGAUAAGGUAGAAGUGUACAAGAGUUUCCGCCCUGGUGACAUCGUCCUGGCCAAAGUUAUCUCGCUGGGGGAUGCACAGUCCAACUACCUGCUGAGCACGGCAGAGAACGAGCUGGGUGUGGUGGUAGCGCGCAGCGAGGCAGGCGUGCAGAUGGUGCCCAUCAGCUGGUGUGAGAUGCAGUGCCCGCGGACACACACCAAGGACUUCCGUAAGGUGGCCCGCGUGCAGCCCCAGUUUCUGCAAACCUAGCAGGACCCUGCCCCGAGGAGCUGUGGAGACCCUGCAGGGCCAGGGGCUGCUGACCUGGGGGCUGUGUGGCUGGAGCAGCCCCCUGGGCUCCAGCCUCCUCCAUGCAGGCAAGAGGCUGGAACAGCCGGACAAGCCCUCGCUUGCAGGGUGGAUUUUCUAUUUGUGGGUAAUAAAUAUUUU